AUGCAAUUUUCAAAAUAUGGACUUAGGUGUGCAUUUCAUCAGCUAUCGUUAUCACGACAGCACCUUCCAACAGAGCCGUACGAUGCGUUAUUACAUAAAGAUAUAAAGAAUGCUAUUGAUGUUAAUGUACAAGAUGAAAAUUUACUGAAUGAGAAUGAAGAAAGAUGCAACGUUUUCCGAGAUGAUGAAGAAAAAAUAUACAAAACUCGAUCAUUUGGUUUUCUUGCCACAUUCCUCAACUGUGGUAUAAUUUGUGGUUUUGAUGAGAGCCCGAGGGCGGAGGGUAUGCGCCGUAUUGCCCGUCAUUUGUUGCGUAUUUUGAAAGCAGGUGGAAAAUUACCGCCAGCCAUGCUCUAUGACUGUGCAUGCAUGUUUCGUCUAUUUAUCGAUAAACAGUAUGGAGGUGAAUAUUUUAAGAAGUCUGAACAUACGGAUUUUUUGAAAAAUAUGCACUUAGCGAUAGAUCGCUUUCAUGUGAAAAAUCACAAAAGAUAUAUGUGCCAGACAGUUAUGCAUCCCGAUAAUGAGAUACAUCAAGAUGCGUUUAAAGAUAUCGGUAUGUUAAGAUUUUAUAAAUUAUUGAGUAUAAAACUGCCACGAAGAACAUGA